AUGUCACUUUACCCUAAUUUAUCGAAUUCGGCCAGUGUUCAAUUGAGGCCACCCCUAAUUUGGCCACCUGUUUUAAGCCCUUAUAAUUUAUUUUCAACAAAAAAAAGGAAUGAAAAGUCACAAAAACAGGUGGCCAAAUUAGGAGUGGCCUCAAUUGAACACUGGCCGAAUUCGACUGUUCUUUAUCUUAAACAUAACUUGUGUAGAUAUGACUUAUUUCUUUAA